AUGAACGGCAGGGAAGUGAGUACCCACAGGCUUUUGGCCGCCCUGGUUCUCAUCAGCGCUAGCAAGGCAGCAAGCAGUGCGGGGAUACUGUCCGGAAGGCGCUGUCAGCUUGGCGAAGGCUUGCGCCAGCCUGGCGUUUUUCGGCAGCUCUCAGUGCGCUUGAGAGUUGGGGGAGCAGGCUUCGGGAGGCGGAGCGCCCCCAGCCACCAGCACAGUCUUCUGCCCGGAGCCGGUUCCGAGGGAGGCUGGGGUGGUGCAGUGCGGGACGCCCGCAGGGAUCCUUACUCCCCAAGGGCCUCCGUGGGUCACCCGCUGAAUUGUCGCGAUCGCAACCCAGAGGAAAUCAGGCACCGGGUGGGGCGCGUCCCCCGGCGCCGUGGGGUCACCCCAGCUCGCCUCUCCUGGCUGGUGUUACCAGCUCUGCGUGCGCUGCUGUGGCUUCCGCGCCGGUCUGCGCCUCCAGCGGAGAAAGAGUUAAUCGGCCAGCAAAGGAGGAGCCCAAAAGGAAGGAGGGAAAUUGCCGUCGUUGUGAUACUUUUUCCUUCCUCUCUUUUUUCCCCUGCAGAGGUGAGUGCCGGGAGGCGGCGCUCAUUCUCCCGGGCCGGGCUCUGCGCCUUUGCUCCGCGAGCUGCGGCCCGACUGGCUGACUGCCUGGGGCCAGGGACAGCCAUCCCGCCCGGACCUCCGCCGGGACCCCUUCCGAAAGGUGCGCACAGCCAUGGAGGGCGCAGGGCUGGCCGGGAAGAUCCUUUUCACCUCUCGGACGCUGGUGCUCGGCCUCAUCCUCCUGCCUUCGGCCUUCGGGGUGUCUUUGGGCAUCUCCAACAUGCACAAGAAGUUCCUGGUGAAAACUUAGAGGGCCCAGGCCAGCCGUUGGAAUGGUGUCUUGCCCAGGUGAGCAGGAGUGAACACCUGUUUCACUGGCCUUCCAGCCCCUAUACUACUGGGGUGAUGACUGCUGGGAUGAGCUCAGCAAAGCUCCCUGAGAAGUAAAAUGACACAGGGAAAGACAAAUAUACUAGACUUUCCAGAGGCAAUCAUGACACGUUAGCAGAAAAUGUUCAUUCUAUGUCCCAGUGGAAGGAAGCAGAUACAUAUUAACCCAAAAUUUCUAUUAGCCUUGGGGUUAAUUAUAUGACAUCAGAAGGUAGGUAGCAGACUUUCACUCGGGAUUAUUUAUGCACAAGAGACUAUUAAGAUUUAUAGCGAGUCUCUGAGGGCACAUCAGUUCAUAGGCUGGGAAGGCAGCCCAGAGGCCCCAGGAUUUCAUGGUUUGAGGGAAUCGUGUGACUCACACAGACACUGGAAAGUUAACCUUUGCUUUUCAUUUGCCAAAUGUGUGAGGCAGCUUUGUUACUUUCUCCAAAGUUGAGAGUUUAUAACACCUUCUCUAUGCUAUGUGAUCUGGCACUGCCAAACAGUGACUGCCACAGCAGGCCCUGGAGAGAGGGUGCAGUAGGGGCCCCACUGACAGCACUGUUCUGGCAGCUCUAUCCUUCACCACCUACUUUAGAACUGCAGCCAGCUCUUUAUUAGUUUUGUAGAAAAACUCCAUUAGUGGUCUGCCAAUAACUCAAAUCCGAUGUCCCCUGCGCACUGGCAGAGUUCUGUAGCAAGGAGUGCCUGGUCUGUUAUUUUGGUUGGAGAGCUGCCAUGGAGCAGGAAAGUCACUUCUUCGGGCUGGCCUCCCCAUGAGGCAGUGUGGCCAGGAGAAAGCAUCCAUGGCUUCCCCAGGCAGAUAGAGUUUGGAACCCUCACUGUACUCAGUGUCAGCUGUUUGAUCUGGGACCAAGUGGGCCUCAGCUACUCACAUGUGAGAUGGAGAUCACUGUGGGUCCUGCUCCCUGGGUGUGGCGAGGACUGAAGGAGAAUGUAGCAUGUCAGGUGUCCAGCAGAUGGUAGCUCUAAUGAUCUUUCCGCCCAGGAGGGGCACUCUUAGAACAACCUCUUCCUUUCCAAGAAAAAACUCUUUUAUUAACCUUUCUAAACUUGUUAAAGAAAAAAAAACCUACACAAAAACAUGUCAAUCUGAAUAGAAACCUGUGAACCACUAGGGGACAUCAUACCAAGAAAUGCUUGCCCUGAGUGAGAGCCACUGGUUAGAGCCACGUUUCUCGUCUUUGGUUGGUACUAACCACAUUUAGGACCCCUUUCUACUCUACGUAAGAUAAGCUGGGCAAGCUUGAGGACAGGAGAUUUAGAACAUUUCUUGGGCCAGACUGAACCAGAAGCCAGAAAGUAGCAUGGUUAGGUCCUAAGCCAAGCCCUUGCUCAGCUGGGGACUCAACUGCCUGAUGCUACUGUGGAUUCUCACCAGAAGCUGAGCAGAAUUUGGAAGCAUGUCCAGAGCAGGUGAUUUUUAGUGG